GCCGCCGCCACAUCAACAUUUCGAGUCUCUUGUGCUUUCUCUGGUACUGACAUUAUUGUGGAACUCUUCUGUACAUGGAAACUAAGAAACCCCUAUACUUCCUGUGUACGAUCUGGCGGGAAUUUAUUGGCACAAUUUCGAUUAUGCAUCCAUUUUUCAAACCACGAGAGGCAGGAACUACGUCCCGAGACCCAAAAGUAUCGGAGAUCCCAGGCAAAGGAGGAAAGGGAAAGCAGAAACACGUCCCAUGGGUCGAGAAAUACCGUCCACGCUCAGUUGAUGAUGUAGCUUAUCAAGACGAGGUUGUCGCUGUAUUGAAGAAAUCUCUUGAAGGAUCAGAUCUGCCCAAUCUGUUGUUCUAUGGCCCCCCAGGAACGGGAAAGACCUCCACCAUCCUAGCAGCUUCCAGAUCUCUGUUUGGAACUGAUAUGAUGAAAUUGCGAGUGCUGGAACUGAAUGCAUCUGACGAACGAGGAAUUAAUGUCGUCAGAGAGAAAGUGAAGAAAUUUGCCCAGACCACAGCCAGUGGAACGCGACCAGAUGGGAAGCCAUGUCCUCCUUUUAAAAUUAUCAUUCUUGAUGAGGCAGACUCCAUGACAGCCCCUGCACAGGCAGCCCUGCGAAGAACGAUGGAGAAAGAGAGCAAGACGACGCGUUUCUGCCUGAUCUGUAACUAUGUCAGUCGGAUCAUUGAACCCAUUGCUUCCCGCUGUGCCAAAUUUCGCUUCAAACCCCUUGCAGACAGGGUGCUCAGCGAAAGACUACAGAAGAUUUGUGACACUGAAGAAAUUACUUGUGACAAAGAGUCUAUUCAGGCCCUGAUGGAUACUUCAGAGGGUGACAUGAGGAAAGCUAUCACAUAUCUCCAGAGUGCUGGCAGGCUGAAGGGGGAGGAAGGGGUGACGAAAGCCGAUGUCUACGAAAUAGCAGGGGUGAUAGACAAUGACACAAUUGAUCAGUUAAUCCAAGUCUGUCGCUCGAACUCGUACGAGAAACUGGAAAAGAUUGUCCAGGAGGUGAUGUAUGAGGGUCAUUCUGCCGCCCAGAUCAUCAAUCAGCUUCAUGACAAGGUCAUACAACUGGAUGACCUCAAUGACCAACAGAAGUCGGUCAUCUUUGAAAAGUUAGCAGUCGUUGACAAAUGUCUGAUGGACGGCGCCGAUGAGUAUCUACAAUUAAUGGCUCUGUUUACCACCAUGAUGAGAGAGAUUUGUCGAUGACCCGGGACAUGAGGUGGAGAAAGAAAUUACUUUUUACUUGAAUAUGGGAUGUGUGGGCAGACAAAAAAGAAAUGGUACUACUGAAUUUAUAUAGCGUUUAUUUAUUUCCCGCACUCCUUAUGCUGAUAUGAGGACUGAUUCGCCAAGAGAUGUACCAGUAAACCUGUACAGGAAGUCAUCUCCGUACCAGUAAACCUGUACAGGAAGUCAUCUCCAUACCAGUAAACCUGUACAGGAAGUCAUCUCCAUACCAGUAAACCUGUACAGGAAGUCAUCUCCAUACCAGUAAACCUGUACAGGAAGUCAUCUCCAAAGUGAAUGGUUUUAUGUGACAUUUCAUAUUGUAGUAAAAUCAUGAAAUAAAUGAGCACACCUUGAC